AUGAAUCUCAUUGAUACACAAUCCACCAAAGAUCUCAAAGAGGAUGAUGUCGCUGUAAUUGCUGUUGUUGAUACAGGCAAAAAAACCUCACAGGUCUCACUAUGGCGAUCGGUCAAGAAAUCUCCAAGAAUCGUGGGCUAUUGCUUCGCGCUGAGCUCGGCAAUUCUUCUCUACGGAUAUGACCUUGUCAUUGUGGCAACGGUGGCUGCAAUGCCUCAGUUUCAAAUUGUUUUCGGCCAGGAAUACCAUGGAAGAUACAUCAUCCCCACAAUGUGGCUUUCGCUUUGGAAUGUCUCCAGUUGUAUAGGCUUGAUGUUCGGCUCCAUACUCGGUGGUUACUAUCAGGAUCGUGGUGGGCGUCGGAUUACACUCGCUAUAGGCAGUUUUUUAUCCACCAUUGCGGUCGCGAUAUGCUACAUCUCCGAUCUUCCAGAUGACCUAGAAACUCGUCGGGGGGUAUUCUUCGCCGGUAAACUCUUCCAGGGAAUGUGUAUUGGCAUUCUUCUUUGUGUUACACAGACAUACAUGUCCGAGGUACUUCCUGUUCUUCUCCGAGGACCGGUGAUUGCAUUCUAUCCGAUAUUCACGCUUCUUGGACAACUCGUUGGGUCUAUCGUGGUUUAUACUUCGCUUAAGCAUACAGGUGCAGAGUCAUACCGGCUUUGCUUUGCGUCGCAAUGGCCAUUCUCGGCCAUACCGUUUGUUCUAGCAGCGUUUUUACCAGAGAGUCCAGCAUGGCUUUUGAGAAAGGGACGAACAGAUGAUGCUCUCAAGGAACAGAAACGGCUUGAUACAAAUCAUGUCAACUCUGAAGCUGUGAUUGACGAGUUACAGGCAUCAAUGGCAGCAGAGGAACUGGAGAGUGCAACCCAUACAUACGCUGAUUGUUUUAGAGGAGUCAACCUGCGCCGAACGUUGAUUGUAGCGUUUGCAAACAUAAUACCUCAGUUGUUUGGGCUGCAGCUACUAGCAAAUUCUUCCUACUUUAUGCAGAUUGUGGGUAUGAGUUCAGCUAAUAGCUUGGUUUUCUUGAUUUUGGGUAUCGGACUAGGCCUGAUUGCGAAUUUUAUUAGCCUAUGGGCGCUGAAUGCCUUCGGGAGAAGAUUUCUCAUUCUCCUGACCCUGGGUAUUGUUAUGGUCCUAUGGUUCGCGGUAGGAAUCGCAGGAAUCUUCAAGGGAACCGUGACUAUUUGGUAUACUGCCGUCAGCAUGAUGCUGAUUACCAUGAUCUCUGGUCUUGGGUCGUGGCCCGCGUCUUUUGUGGUCGCAGCCGAAACGUCUUCACUGCAGCUCCGAGCUAAGACCCAAGGUAUUGGGUGGUUUUCGGCCGGUUUAGGAACUGCAGUAUUUGCCAUCAUUUUGCCGUAUAUCUACAACGCCGACCAAGGAAACCUGAAAGCGAAAACAGGGUUCGUGAUGGCAGGAUUAGCCGCAGUUGCAGUCGUUGUAGUGUGGCUGGCUGUCCCAGAGAUGAAAGGUCGGACGCCAAUGGAGAUUGAUCACAUGUUCUCGUUGAGAUUACAAACUCGGGCAUUUAAAGGCUGGCAUAGCGAUGUCACUCUCACAAGUGGAAUACAAGACAUUCAUCCGCCCGUGAAAGGAUGA